AUAUUGUUGUGUGUGAUUAAUACGUAGAUUGCGUUGUUUUGUAAAAAUAUAUUUAUGUCCGUGAAAUGUGUUUAUAAAUGCAACAAAUUAAUAAAAGAUCGCAAUCAAUAUAAGAAACCAGCUCAUCUUCAACUGCGUUUUAAUUAUUUUGGUUUAAUUUAGAUGUCAGGAAAAAACUAGUUGUGAAAGUGAGAGCUGCGAUUAAAAUAUUUACGUCUGGUAUUACUUUCCUUUAGUUUUAUUUUACAAAGUAGUAAAGGUAAAACUCUUUUCAGUGACCUUGGUUCUGAUGGUAAACACAAAAGAUAACAGUAAUAUGUUACUGGUUCAGCCAACAUUAGAACAGCAAGCUUUCAUUCGAAACUCCCUGGACCAAAAUUCGCACGAUAUCCAAACCGAGAUCGAAAUUCUGAAAAAAUGGUUAAAGGAGCAACCGCAUCUCCCCGAUACCUGGGAUGAACACUGUUUAUUCAUUUUUCUCAUGGGAUGUAAAUUCUCCUUGGAAACGUGCAAGAAAAAAUUGGAAAUGUAUUUCAUCUUCAGAGCUACGUUGCCGGAAUUUUUUUCCAACAGGGAUGUCAGAAACCCAGAAAUAAGAGAAGCUCUUAAUGUCAUGGAAGCAACGGUCUUGCCAGAGUUAACUCCCGAUGGCAAACGAGUAUCUAUAGCAAGACCUGUAAAAUAUGAUUUCGAAACACCAAACAUAGCUGACAUGAUAAAACUUGUUUUCAUGGUGGGUGACCUCAGAUUAAAAUUAGAAGAAACGGGUGUUUUCGAUGUCUACAUUGCUGAUUUUAAUUUUCCUUUGGCGAAGCACUUUUAUAAAAUAAAUCCGUUGGUUUUGAAAAAGAUGUUCAUGUGUAUUCAGGAAGGAUUUCCUGUGAUGAUCAAGGAACUUCACUUAAUUAACGCUCCUCCUUUUAUUGAAUUUGCUAUCAACCUAAUUAAACCAUUUUUGUCACCUGAGUUAAGUCAAGUUAUUCAUGUUCAUACUUCCAUAGAAACGUUGUAUGAAUUUAUUCCAAAGGAAAUAUUGCCAGAGGAAUAUGGCGGAAAUGCUGGAAAGAUGUCAGAUUUACAAGACAAGUGGCUUAGAAUUCUGGAAGAAUAUAGUCCUUGGUUCGAAAAAGAGGAAAACAUUAAGGCUGAUUUGUCAAUAACCGCACUACAGAACGGUCUACGUGAAGAUUAUAGAGAGUUAGAAGGUAGUUUUAGAAACUUAUGUGUAGAUUAAAUGAAAAAUUGUCAUGUUAUUUGUAAAACGUUUGUAAUAGCAGGAUCAUGGUUAAUAAUUUUUAGUUGGAAACAAGUGGUAAAUUUUAAUUGGUGCACGCAUAAUAAUGAAAAUAUACAGUAAAAAUAGUAAAUAAGUUUGCUUAAGCUCCACACUGUUACGAAGUCUCAAAAAGAAUAAAACAGGAAAAAAAUAAAAACCGAGUAAAGCAAUAAAUAUUUUUACAUAAAUAGAUGCUAGACAGUUACAUCUAUCUCACUAAACAUGCAGAUGUUUAUUCUGACCACAGGUUUUUUGAAAUAUUGUAACAUUCUUUGCUUAAACACUGGCGUAGAAGAAGAGUUCACGACACCAUCACCUAGGCCAUUCCAUACAGUGAAGAUUCUGUUCUUCAAAAACUUUUCCGAAGUCUGCUGUUAUACUUUUCAUGAUAUAUUUUGUAACAAAUAUUGCAAACAAGAAUUGUGAAAAUAAACGAAAAUGCUAGAGAGGUCGACAAGUCUGGAACCGGUUACCGGAAGUCUCGAUUGCGGCGUCCAGAAAAGUCUCGAAAGGGGCGUUCGCGAUCCAUCUAGAGGAAUGUACGGCUUUAAAUGGAGACCACCGUCGGGAACGAUUAUUAUUCAAUCAAUUCAGUCCACAAGAGUACAGUCAAGUUGCACAGGAAUUAUUUUGUACAUAAUAGCUGUAAA